GUUACACACACAUACACACACACACACACACACACACACUAUCUACACAGAAGACACUAGAAGGAUACUCAAGAGCAUCUGCCGCUACAUGUUAUAUUUAAAAAAAUUUUUAUUAAGAAUAAAAUCUCAAAUAGCUUUAUAGCAGAUUAGAAACUUAAGCCAGAAAUAGCUAUUACAGAGAUUUGGAAGAUUUCUUUCUAAAUAUACAGCUGGUCUAAUAUCCUGAGCCUCUGACCUGUUAAAAGUAUAAACUCCAGCUGGAAUUCAAGAGUAGAUCUCAAAUUAAUACUAUUAUUCUUUAUUAUUUAAAUUAUUUAGAAUAGUAUUUGACUAUUUAGCAUCAUCAUAAUUACAUAUAAUUUACUUUUCACCAUUUAAUCCCUCUUUUCCACUUAACCAGUCACAUAAAAUUUUAAGUACCAAUUUCAUAUCCUUUGGUAGGCAAAAAAUCCAACACUGAACUCUUUGGACCAAAAUUUCAUAUAAAUUCUCAAAUUCGAAUACAGUAAAAACUUUGAAACCUCAGUUAAUUAUCAGAUUUCCAAUUUCUUCAAGAAAAUCUAUGCAUUAAGAAGUUUUAGUAGUUGGUCCAAUUAGAAUGCAUUGCAUUUUUUCUUCAUAUUACCAAAGAUAUGUCCAAAUCUAUAAUCAAAUUGAUUUUCUCUCAAACCAUAUGGUAUAAGAAAAAUCUUGCCUCUUCUCCAAUAAAACACUAAUUGGCUAAUGACGCCGCUGCAGGGGGGUGGGUGGGGGGCGGAGGCCCUGGGGGCCCUGGGAUGGGGAACUGCAGUGGCUUCCGCGGAGGUUUCAGCAGUGGCAUCUGGGCCGGGGUCACCACCGUGGAUGGGCCAGGACGAGGCUGUGGAGCUCAUGGAGGCAAGGCCGAGGAUAAGGAUUGGAUGCCUGUCACUAAGUUAGGCCGCUUGGUCAAGGACAUGAAGAUCAAGUCUCUGGAGGAGACCUAUCUCUUCCCUCUGCCCAUCAAGGAAUCUGAGAUCACUGAAUUUUUCCUAGGGGCCUCUCUUAAGGAUGAGGUUUUGAAGAUUAUGCCGGUACAGAAGCAGACCUGUGCUGGCCAGCCCACCAGGUUCAAGGCGUUUGUUGCUAUUGGGGACUACAAUGGCCAUGUUGGACUGGGUGUUAAGUGUUCCAAGGAGGUGGACACUGCCAUCCGUGGGGCCAUCAUCCUGGCCAAGCUCUCCACUGUGCCGUGCGCUGAGGCUACUGGGGAACAAGAUCGGCAAGCCCCACACCGUCCCUUGCAAAGUGACAGGCCUCUGUGGCUCUGUGCUGGUAUGCCUCAUCCCCACACCCAGGGGCACUAGCAUCGUCUCAGUACCUGUGCCCAAGAAGCUGCUCAUGAUGGCUGGUAUCAAUGACUGCCACACCUCAGCCAGGGGCUGCACUGCCACCCUGGGCAACUUCGCUAAGGUCACCUUUGAUGCUAUCUCUAAGACUUACAGCUACCUGACACCCAGUCUCUGGAAGGAGACUGUAUUACCAAGUCUCCCUAUCAGGAAUUCAUUGACCACCUCGUCAAGACCCACACCAGAAUCUCCAUGCAGAGGACUCAGCUGUGGCUACAGCAUAGGGUUUUUAUACAAGAAAAAUACAGUGAAUUAA